GGGACAUGCAUGUAUGAGAUCUAUCAGAGCUACAAGAAGCAUGAGUUCAAAUGUCUUUCAAGUCAAAAUAACUCUUAACUAUUCCAUACUGAUGCCGGUCUGCCUUUGUCUACGGUUGCAUUCUUUAAGCGCUUCGUAUUCCGUUUAGCCGCCGGGCGCGACCCAAUGGAACAGCCUCCUCUCCCCGCACAGCCCCGAGCUCCAAGCUGAUGUUACUAUUCUUGAUGCGGCUGACCUUGCCUCCUGUAGCCUUGUUCCUGCCUAGACGAUAGGGCAAUUUCUUUCUUUCCCCAGACUACUUUACCCUCGUUCUACGGAAUCGAUGCACUCGCUAUUGCAUCUCCACGCCCUCCGCAUUCAACCCGCAUCGCAUAUCACAUUCCGCAGAUCCCAAUCCGCAGAUCGACAGGACCGAACUCAAGAUGCCCUCCCUACGAGACAUCUUACACAAACGUGAAGACCUCAGCGAGAAGUCUUCUGCACCAUCAACAACCCCCCAGAACCCGCCAUCAUCCCCGCCACAACCCGAGAUCACCUUUCUACGAUCCGACACCUUCGGCCAAGAAGUAAUCACCCCGCCAGCACACCCACACGACGAGCACACGAGCACUCCAAGUGCAACCCCCGAGUCCCCCCGUCUCGCCUCCUCCAAUUCCCGCCGCAGUCACUUCUUCCAGCGCUCCAACUCUUCGCGCUCACUCUCCAGCCCUUCUCCCCCUCGUCCCCGCCGCGAUCGUCGCCUGUCAAAUCUGCUUAACCGUCGCAGCCGCAGUGACUCGCAAGAGUCAUCAUCGCAUAUUCCCGAGGGGUUGCCGCAGAUUGAGGACGACCAGGGUGUGGAUAAACAGGAGCGGGAGGCGCAAUGGGAAAAACGGGCAACGGUGCUGGUACAGAAAAAUCCGCACUUUGGGCAAUCGCCGCCGCCAUCCGUGGGGGACUUGUCAUUGCCCAGUGGUGGACAGGAGAGAUCAAGGAGUUCUAGUCACAGUCGCGUUGGAGAUCAACAGGAUGACAUUAAUAUCCAAGAGGCUAUUCGACUGCACGAAGCUGGAGAUUUAGAACGAUCGACUAUGAUGUUCGGCCAACUAGCCGACCCUAACGGUCACAAUAACCCUUUGAGCCAAGUUCUCUACGGCUUAGCUCUGAGACACGGCUGGGGAUGCACGAAAGACGAGGCGCGCGCAGUAACAUACCUCUCGGCUGCGGCCAAAAACUCGGCCGCUGUUGAGUCCGAGGCUCUCCGUGCAGGUAUGAAGAAGGGCGGCGUUGCAAAAGGCGAGCUGGUCCUCGCUAUUUUCGAGCUCGCGAAUUGCUUCCGCAUGGGCUGGGGCGUCAAGAAGGAUCCCGCUGCCGCAAGGCAGUAUUACGAGACCGCCGCGAAUCUGGGUGAUACCGAUGCCAUGGACCAAAUUGCGUGGUGUUAUCUGGAGGGUUUUGGCGGGAAGAAGGAUAAGUUCAAGGCAGCCAAAUACUAUCGACUGGCCGAGGAGAAUGGGAGUCCUACGGUUGGAAACUCUUGGAUCUGGAAAGAAAAGUACAAUCCCAAAUAAGGGGGUUGCAUGACAUGAAUGGACCUUGAGGUUUUCCCUUGCAGAGUUCUAAAAGCUCCGAUGAUUUUUCGGUCAUGAUCACGUUGACGAAUUUCUUACAUCUUGCAUAUAUACCGGAUAUUGUCUGGCAACGCUUGGCGUUCUCCUUCCGUUGUAGUGCUCACUUUCUCGCCGCUUUUGCUCAAUGAGUAGGAUUGAGCUGACCCCUGAGCGACCUAACGAAGCUGCUCUGUGGUCAGUACGUAAUCAGGGUGACCUACUCACUAAGCCCGGUCCGAGUAACUAUCCUAAUUUACUCACUCAGCCUAAAUGCAG